AUGGCAGCUUUUGUAGAUUGUGUAAAUUUGUCACUUUUUAUAAGUGAAAGUCCAAAUUUUGUUGUUUUCAACGGCGCUCUUUAUGAUAAGCUCUUCACAACAUUAUACGCUUUCCCAUCCAAAUACUAUUAUACAGAUUUAGUUCCAACAGUUAAGUUUGUUGCAAGUAGUCGAGGUUUUAGCGGUUGUAGUUUCACGGAAUUUACUCUGAAAAAUAGACUUGAAGGUGUCGAUAUGUUUCUGUUUCGAAGCUGCUUCAACUUAAAGAAGAUUGAUCUGAGAUGCGGCGUUUUUAAAACAUUGAGUUACUCUGCAUUUACUGGCUGUUAUAAUCUUUUUGAACUGAAACUUCCGAAGACAAUUGAGGAGUUUAGUUAUCUUCUGUUUACUAUGACAGGCAAACUGAAAUCACUAACAUUACCUGAUAAUCUGAAAAAGAUACAUACAAGAGCAUUUGAAAGCUCUUCUCUUACUGAUAUCAAUUACUGCGGUCUGUUUAAUGUACCUUAUAAAAUCCCUUCAAGUUAUAAUGUUCAUGUCACCCAAUUUUAUCAGGGUGGAUCGUUAUUUGCAGGAAAAACUAUAUCAGAUAGGAAUUUUGUUUGUGAAGCUAUUUAUUGCACUCAUUCUUAUGUAAUGCUCCCUGUCAUCAAAACUAUACCACAUAACAUUCGAUGCUACCAAUUCUCAUUUAAUCUUAUAUUACUAUCACAGGUUUUUAUUUCGAUUUAA